AUGGCUACACAAAACUUGAGAGUAAACAUCGGAUGGUUUGCACCGGGAGCCAUAUUAAAGGAUCUAUAUAAUAGAAGCGUUGCAUGCUUUUGGGCGGACGUAAAAUCUGAUGAAUUGGGAGCCGGAUCUCCCCAACGAGAAAGUUAUGUCGCCGAUACCGAGGGAGAGGCAAGUGGCUCAAAUAUUCUAAGCUCGAAUAAUGUGGCAAGUGAAGUUCUGGACACAGAACAAAGACUAAGAUUGACAGAGGAGUGUGAAUCCGAGCUCAAGAAAGUACUACGGUGCGAAAAGAAGAUUUCAACUUACGAAGCUAUGAUCAGAUUUAUCGAGACAGAAAUCAUCGAGAUCCAAGAUACGUGCAAUAGUGUCAACGAGCAACUCCAGACUGGAGAUUUCGACGAUAGAGCUGAGAGAUUAGAAGUACUAGAUGUAGGCAGAAUUAUGAUCGGCGAUCGAAGAGCCCAGCAUUCCGAGUUGACUCAGAAACUCAUCCAUGCGACCCAAGAACGAUCCCUACCAGGUACCCUCUUUUGGCUCAACCUAGAAGAAACACUCGUCCGGUAUAAUCUCAUUGAUGAAACCCAUAUCGAAGAAUCUUUGCAGGCAUUCGUAGACCAUGAUGAAAACCCAGCUCCUUCCCCCAACCAGGAGGACCCGGAACUAUACCAAGAGAACCAAGAAUUCUCAGAUCAAUCCGAAUUACAAGCUGAUCAGGUCAUGGAAGAGGAAACACGCCGACUUUCCGCAUCAACAGACUUAGAAAUGGCAGUCGACGAGGUCCCAGAUGUUGGAGCACGUCAAAAUGCAUGGGAAAGAUUGCAUUUGGCCCAAGGCGGAUAUGAUGAAGCCCGUGAGAAGUUCGACGACUGGCCACAAUAUUACCAUCAUCAGUAUGUAGGAUACCAAGCUGGCUAUGACAGAGGUGCCAUUAGCACAACCAAAACGGAAUUCGACAACAUCCUUUUUAUCCGAGAGAGACAGGCCGGUCUUGAGCUUAUUGAGGCUGAAAAGCAACUUCAAGAAGCCCGUAAAGACAUAAAGUCAUUAGGACUUGACCCAGAAAGUGGGUUUGUGGAGUCUUUCUACGACGAAGAUGAAGCCGCUCUGGAGUUUGACCCAGACUGUGUUGAUCGUUCAAAGAUCGAAAAGUGGUUGAGUGGAAACCCUCCACAUGAUUCCAUUGACGAUGAGAUGUGGUUGCCACAUCCAGAGAAGCAGGGCGACUGGGCAGAUGAUGCUUGCAGUCUCGCAUUUGGGGAAAGCGUGAGCGUCGUUGCUGAAGGCCCGGAAAGAGUGGAGAUUGAUGAAUGGAAAGUAGAAUGCGCGAGGGUUUAUCGAGAAAGUCAGAGGAUUUAUCGAGAAAGCCUCACUGCCUAG